AUGAGCACCAGCACCCACCCCUCGCUUUCUCUCGUUUCCACACCUAACGCACCCGCUGCGGUCGGUCCGUACACCCAGGCCGUCCGUGUCGGCAGCCUCCUCUUCCUCUCCGGAUCACUCGGCCUCAACCCCGCUACGGGCAAGAUGGUUGAGGGCGGUGUCGAGGAGCAGGCAAAGCAGGCGCUCCAGAACAUGAAGGCGAUCAUUGAGGCAGGCGGGAGCGAAGUCGGGAAGGUCGUGAAGACCACCGUGUUCUUGAAGAACAUGGAGGACUUCAAGGCCGUGAACGCGGUGUACUCCGCGUUCUUCGGGAACCACACGCCUGCGCGUUCGGCUGUCGAGGUCGCGCGCCUCCCGCUCGACGCGCUCUUCGAGAUUGAGGCGAUUGUCAAGUGA